GCCGCGCGGUGCAGUGUGUCGGCGGCCGCCUGCCGGACCAUGCUGAGCGGAGCGUGCGGCUGGCUCUCCUCAGCGCUGCGGGGUCCACGCGUGCCGCCGUUCGCGGUCGCCCGUAGGUGCCUUCACGCGUCGGGGUCACGGCGGUCCGCGGACAAGAGCGAGAGGACCGGGGACCCGCCCCGCGCCUUCGACCCAGCGCUGCUCGAGUUCCUGGUGUGCCCGCUCUCCAAGAAGCCGCUCAGAUACGAAGCAUCGACGAACGAAUUGAUUAAUGAAGAGUUGGGAAUAGCCUAUCCAAUUAUUGAUGGGAUCCCUAAUAUGAUACCGCAGGCAGCUAGGAUGACACAUCAAAGUAAGAAGCAAGAAGAAAUGGAGCAGCACUAGAUCAUAAUUUUU